AUGUCAAAACUGUGUGGUUUGAACGUAGUUCAGCUACGAGAAGAACUACAGAAACGAAGCCUUGUCACAAGUGGCAACAAAGAAGUACUUGUAGUACUUGUAGAAGCUCUCAUUGACGAAGAUCAAAGAACAGUCGUUCGGACUGUUCAGUCCGAACGACAGACAGAAGAGUUAAAACAACAGAUCAAGGAACAGUCCGAACGACAGACAGAGGAGUUAAAACAGAUCAAGGACCAGCUAAAACACGUAAAAUUGGAAGUGGCAGAACAGAUAGAAAAACAGUCAACAAGAAUAGAAAUGAUCGAGCAGAAACUUGAUCGUCAGACCGUUGAGGUAGAUCACAAGAUAGACAAAUUGAAGCAAGAAUUGGAGCAAUCCAAAAAAAUGGCCAUGCCGUUAGAUCACGCAUCCGGAAGAACUUUGAAGGUACCAGCAUUUGACGGAGAGAUGUCUUGGAACGUUUAUAAAACCCAGUUCGAAGCAGCGGCAACUAGUAACUGUUGGAACGAAAAAGAACGAGCAACAGCACUGAUACUGGCCCUGCGAGGUUCAGCAGCAGAGGUUCUUCAGACGAUUCCUGCGGAGAACCACUUCAACUAUGAAGUUCUGGUUAGCGCGUUGGAUUUACGUUAUGGUGAAGAACACAUGAAACAGAUUUAUCGGUCUCAGCUUAGAAACAGAACGCAACGAUCUGGUGAAUCCAUUCAGCAGCUAGCACAAGAUAUCGAACGGUUGACAUUGCUGUCGUAUCCGACAUCAGACCCCGAGCAUAGAGACGAAACUGCCCUGGAUACGUUUAUCAAAGCCCUUCGUGAUUCGGAACUCAAACAAUCCCUUCUUUUGUCAGAUAAACAAAAACUCAAGGAUGCCGUUGCGCACAGUCUCACUUUUGAAUCGGCACAGCAGGCAUCAAAAAGUGACGUACGUCUACGCCAAGUACAUGAAGAAUGCUCUUGCCAGAAGGUGGUUGUGAAACGCGAACCUCAACAGCAUGGUGCACCCCAAUGCUGGAUUUGUGGUGAAAAAGGCCAUCUACGUCGUGAUUGCCUAAAAGAUAACUACUGCCAAAAUUGCGCGACAAGAUGGCGCAAAAGAAAGAGAAGAUGA